GGCGAUUUGUAGGUUAUGGCGGGCUCUUGGUCACCGGAUUGUCGCCCAGGGUGCACCUUCCCUUGCUGCGCGUGUGACCGCAAGGACAAGUGGAACGACUCCUCGCUGUUGGGCAGGCGGAUCUCCGAAGGCUCGAGCCGCCACCAGCUGCUGCAGCAGUGGGCGAGCAUGUGGAGCUCCGCGAGCGCGGACGCGACCGAGGCCGGCGCGGAGAAGGCGCGGCCGGGGGAGGCGGCGGCGGCGGCGGCGGCGGCGGCGGCGGAGAACCCGCUGGUGUUCCUGUGCUCCGGCUGCCGGCGGCCGCUGGGCGACUCGCUGAGCUGGGUCAGCGGCCAGGAGGACACCAACUGCAUCCUGCUGCGCUGUGUUUCCUGUAAUGUUUCUGUGGAUAAGGAGCAAAAGCUUUCCAAAUGUAAAGAUGAAAAUGGUUGCAUUCUUGAGACUUUGUACUGUACGGGCUGCUCCCUCAAGCUUGGCUACGUAUACAGGUGCACUCCCAAGAAUCUAGAUUACAAGAGGGACUUGUUUUGCCUCAGUGUUGAAGCCAUCGAAAGUUAUACUUUAGGGUCCUCUGAAAAACAAAUUAUGCCUGAAGAUAAAGAGCUUUUUAGUCUUGAAAGCCGAGUUGAAAUAGAAAAGUCUCUAAAACAGAUGGAAGAUGUCUUGAAAGCAUUGCAAACGAAGCUGUGGGAGGUUGAAUCAAAAUUGUCCUUUAGGAGUUGCAGUAGCUGAACUUCAUUCCGUGUCUCUCCUUUCCCAUCCCUUAUUUCUUAAAUGAGAGGAAUUGUAGAAUUAUUUCUGCAGCUAUAUUUUUAUGGUAAAGAGGUGAUUGUUUCCCAUAUUCGAAAUUUUAAGCUAUUUUAUGAUACUUGCUGGAAUUGGAAUUUAGGAGUUUGUAUUUUGAUAUGAAACUGGGAUGAUUUUUCUGAAUUUUCUGAGUCAGAUACAUUAUUCUUGAUUUUUUAUUUUUUAAAGAAUGAUCUCACUUUUAAUACUUUGGACAAUAUUAAAUAGUGAAUGGUAAAAUCUUCAGAGUUUUUUCUACCUGCUGUGUGGUUGAAUCUUUAAAAAUUAAUGUUACAGCUCUCUGGAGAACCUGUCUAUUGAAUUAUUUGUCAGAACCAUUUGGAAACUUGUAGAAGAACAGAGUAUCACCUAUGUAUAUUAGGAUUCCUCUUUAUGCUAUUUAUUUACUACUGUAUGCUAAAAAAGCUUACCAGAGCAGUAAGCAUCUCGGGGGGUAGGAUUCUGAGGGAUUUGGGGUUUUUCAGUUUUCUGUAAUGUGAGACAUUUGUUAAUAGUAAGCAUGUAUUGUAUUUAUGAUCAGGAAGAGAAUAAAGAUUAAAACAGAGUGCUCUAAGGUUGAUUUUUACAAACUGAAUUGUGCUGUUUGAGGUCAGAAAUCCUGGUGCCGUGGAAUCCAGAUAUUCGCUGAGCAUGGCACUGUGGCAGGCCUCUUGGAAUGUAAAGGUUGCCCCAUAUUUCCCUAGGUCUCUUUCUACUUCUGGAUACAAAUAA